AUGUUCAACUGGAACGGCCCAAUGAGAGGGCCUGGGUUCCCACAAUCACAGCCCAUGAUGCCCAUGUCUGGCUCACACAUGUCCCAGAUGUCUUACCAGGGAGGCCAUCCACAGUGGGGUCAGCAGGCUGGUAUGGGCAUGAUGAUGGGUCUAGGGUGGACCCCAGCCAACCAGGCACACAUGUUUCCCCAGAUGAUGCCUGGGAUGGUCAGCAUGCCGGUCACCCCAAUGAUGGGCGGUUUGGGACCGGCAGGCAGCAUGGCCCCUGCACCCCCUUCUCAGCCACCGCCCCCAUUACCUGCGGAGCCACCUCCACCAUCACCCAGUGCACCUAGAGCCAGGUCCUCACCCAGCCCAGGUCAUGUCCAUCCUCCAGGUCUAGCUCCGGGUCAGGUUCAUCCUGGAGGUCCAGCUCCGCAGCAAGUUAGAUCUCAAGGUGUGGCCACAAGAGAAAGUAAUCCGCGACAAGGCCCUGCUACAGGGUCGAGCGCUGCUUCAGGUCUCCAGUCUGACACAGAGAAGGCAGAGUCAGAUCCACUGUUGGUGGCUGAGCUGGAGAAGGUCAAGCUGGAGGAGGUGAUGUUUGUGGAGCAGUACCGACAGUGGAAGCAGCAGUAUGAUGAUUGGCGCACACAGAACCAGAAUCACCCCAACAAGGAACAGUUUGGGCAGUACCUGGAGCAGUGGAAGACUUAUGAGGUGCAGAUGGAAUCACGGAGAAUAACUAUCCACACACGGAAGCAGCAACUAGAGAAUGAACUGGCCAGGAUAUCAGCAGCAUCAGCUUCCAAAGCAGAGGCUGCCAGGUUGGGAUCAUUUGUGCCGUCAUUUAAAGCUGUCGACUCAUCACAGGCUUCAUCAGGCAAAUCAGCCUGGGACCAAGGCACACAAAAUGUCUCACAAUCAUCCCAGGAUCUACAAGGCACACAAAAUGUCUCACAAUCAUCCCGGGAUUUAAAAGGCACACAGAAUGUUUCACAAUCAUCCCAGGAUCUACAAGGCACACAGAAUGUCUCACAAUCAUCCCAGGGUGUUGCUGUUGGUGGCAGAGAGAAUAGACUUUUGAAUGAUCAAAGAGCAGCACCAUGUGGACCAGGUCCGGGUGAGAGGUUUGCUGGUAGUGGCUCAGUGGGGCCGGCUAUACCGGGCAGGAUGAAUCAGUUUGCAGAGAACAUGGGGAAUGGAGGGAAGGCUACGCCUGUGACAGUUGAGGAAAAGGGAGAGGAAGACAUGAAUUUGGAUGAGGAGGAGGGGGAGGCUGGAGGUGCAGGUAUCAUUGAAGGCGGGCAGCAAGCUGAAGGCAAUGUCUGGCAGGGUCAGCAGACACCGGGCACAGAAUCCCUCAACCAACAAUCAGCAGGUGAUUGGAACUCAUGGAAUCGAGCACAAGAAAACCAGUGGGCAGGCGGGGUUCCUAGGUCUGCCAGAGAAACAGGGUGGGCUGACCAAACAGGCAGAGACAGAAACUUACAGCAACCCACUGACAGUGUUAGAGGGCAGUACGGGGAUGGAUGGACUGAUAGCAACCCACCGGCAGGGCUACCUUUUGGCAGCGAAGCUGGACAGGAUGUGGACUCGAGAGUCCUGAGACCUGGAGACCUCAACACCCUUGGGGCGGCCACUGAUGGUUCCAGCAGGGAAGGCUAUAGUGACAGAUAUUAUAAUGAUGAGAAUGAUUUCAGGAACUUCUCCCAGGCAGGGCCUGGUGGAGGACAGUUCCACAGGGGCGGUGAACCUGCCAUUCAUAGAGGUCGAGGUGGAGAAUUCAUUAGAGGGAGAGGUAGGGGUGAGGACUUUCAUAGAGGCAUGGGAGUAGAUCCUCACAGAGGGAGGGGAGGUCACUUCCCAUUAGGCAGAGGUGAUGGUCCAAGAGGCACUGAGUUUUCACAAGGUAUGGCCACUGAUUAUCACAGUGAAGAUGCAGGGGCAAUGUUCAGUCAUUCUUUCCGUUCAGAGGAAUUUGAUCAUAUGGAAGGACCUAUGAGAGGUCGGGGUGGGUUUUAUGCACGUGGAAGAGGGUUACCUUCUCUUUUGUCUUUAGGCAGAGGUGAUGGUCCAAGAGGCACCGAGUUCUCACAAGGUAUGGCCUCUGAUUAUCACAGUGAAAAUAGGGGGGCAGUGUUCAAUCAUUCUCUCCAUUCAGAAGGAUUUGAUCCAAUGGGAGGACCUCUGAGAGGUCGGGGUGGACUUUCUGCACGUGGGCGAGGGUUGCCUUCUCUCCUGUCGUUAGAGUUCAACAACAGAAACCAGUUCUCCGACCUUGAUCUUAGAGAGGGGGAGACUGCUGGACCGGUGGUACCUGCACAGGCUGAUGCUGGCAAUGAAAACCUUUUUGAAGGUCGAGUGGGAAGGGAAGGUCAAGGUUACUUGAAUGAUGAUUAUGAAGGUAGUGGGUCGUUGCCUACAUCAGGAAGAGGAUUUAGUCAAAGGGGAGGCUUGGAACAUAGAGGGGCUGCAUACAGAACACCUGGGGGACUUGUUAGUGAAAAUAGAGGGGCUGCAUACAGGGCACCUGGGGGACUUGUUAGUGAACAAUUUGAUGGCAACUUGUCGUUGGGUCAGGGCAGCCAGAGGCCCAUACCUGGUCAAGAUGGCUUGCCUUGGAGACCAGGUGCCAACACUUCACUCACAGACGUGCAGUAUGGUGCAGAUUAUGCCAGGAGACCUCCCCUGUCCAGCAGGGAAGGAGCUCCAGGUCAACCAGAGGAUGACCUGCAGCGUUUGGGUGAGUUUGCUGAGGCCAACAAGUUGCGACAACCUGAUGGACCGACCCCCAGAGACACAACCAGCGACAGAGGACAGAUUGCUAAGCCAGAUGUGUCCACGGACAAGAAUGUGUGGAACAACCAACCAGGAGACAACAUCUCUGAUCGUUGUAGUCAGCAGGUGGCUGCUGGGAAUGUCCCGGUGCCUGGCAGAGAAAGAGCUCGAAGAAUGUCUGGCCACGAUGACGGCCAGCUGCAGACCAAGAGAGGCAGGUUCCAGUCUGAAGAGGACAGAGAUGAAAACAGGGUCAGUUUGUUUGCCACUGCAGGCUAUGACACUCCCACAGAACGUAAACGCUUCCUUCCAGCAGAGAGCAUUGAUUAUGGACAUAAAGGAAUUGACAGAGAGAAGAGAAGUGUCCAGCCGGCCCAGGUCAUUGACUAUGGUCAUGGUCAGUCGGAAGUGAAAAUAUCAGGUGUGGACUUGGAUGCUGCAGAUCAAGUAGACAGACCAGCCACCAAUACCAUCAGAGGUGAGUCAGAUCUGUUGUCAGAUCAAGUAGACAGACCAGCCACCAAUACCAUCAGAGAGGGUCAGGAUCGUUCCCGGAUGUCCGAGCUGAGAGAGAGUCAGGAUCGUUCCCGAGUCUCUGAGCUGAGAGAGGGUCAGGAUCGUUCCCGGAUGACCGAGCAGAGAGAGGGUCAGGACCGUUCUCGAGUGCCCGAGCUGACAAAAGUUCAAGACCGUUCUCGAGUGCCCGAGCUGACAAAAGUUCAAGAUCGUUCUCGAGUGCCUGAGCUGACAAAAGGUCAAGAACGUUCCCGACUGCCCGAGCUGAGAGACAGAGAGGCCAGUUUGAGGAGGACUGAUGUUGCUAGAAGAGGGGAUUCCCCACCUAGCAGACGCGGAGAUGAGUUUGCUGAUCAGGACUUGCGGCUGUUUGAAGCUGCUGGGGUCAGCAGCCAGAGAAUGUGGCUCAGUGAUGAUACUGAUCUGCGUGAUGACAACAGAGGCAGCCGGGCCCCCUUGAGACAACGAGAUAGAUUUGCUGAAGAGGAAGAUCUCAGGGGAAGCAGAAGGUCUGGCCUUGGUUCCAGAGAUGAUGGUCGCAGAAGCAGAGACAAGGAUAGUGAAGCUGUGAGGUUGUUGCCUCGGGAUGAUGUCCGCUCUACAGAUUACCUAGAGAAACAUGAUGACUACUACGGUCGCAGAAGUGAUAUGUAUGAUCGCAGAAUUCAGGACCCUUACUUGGAUCGAAGCAGUGAUUACAUGCGACAGCGAGAAGAAAGACAAAGUGGGGAUGUGUUCCCAGGCAGAGAUGGUCGAUACAGCAGUAACAGUGAUGUUGGCCUUCAUGGACAAGACAGGGACCGCUUGGGUCGCCCCUUGUCCCCGGCAAUUCGGGACAGCACAUUACUGACCACACCUCCACCACAGAGCAAGCCAGAGUCCGUCAAGGUUGAAGAUCUCCUGUGUCCACCCAACCGAGACAGCCGCCCCCCACAGAUCGUGACCAUCAUCAGAGGUCUGCCUGGAAGUGGGAAAACUUACGUCAGCAAGCUUCUCCGGGAAAAGGAGAUCAGUUGUGGGGGGUCUGCCCCGAGGAUGUUGUGUCUGGACGACUACUUCAUGGUGGAUCUGGAACAGGAAGUGCCAGAUCCAGACACGGGCAAGAAGGUCAAGAAAAGGGUGCUGGAGUACGAGUAUGAGCAAGCCCUGGAGGACCCCUACAGGCAGAGCCUGCUAAAGUCAUUUAAGAAGACCAUCGACGAUGGCUUCUUCCCUUUCAUCAUUGUGGAUGCCACCAACGAGAAAGUGGCUCAUUUCUCCGAGUUCUGGAGCUAUGCCAAAUCCAAGGGUUUUCAGGUUUAUGUUGGAGAGCUGACCGUUGAUGUGGCCACCUGUAUACAGCGCAAUGUCCACCACUGGACCGAGUGGGACAUUGAGAAG